AUGUCAGGCAUAUGGCAGGUCUUGACGUACAUCUUCCGCACGAUUAGCAUCCAGCAACCCGACUCUUUCAACUACUAUGCUGCCUGGUUUGUCCUCAUUCUCGUUGCGCCACUUUGGACAAACGCCUUCGUCUACAUGGUGUUCGGUCGCAUGGUCUGGAACUAUACAGACGAUCGUCGCGUGUGGCGGGUAAAGGCGCAGCAUUUCGGUUUCGUGUUUGUUCUCUUGGACAUUGUAUCAUUCAUCAUCCAAGUGUACGGUGCUGCCAGAGCCACAACGAAAGACGCACCGACAGAUAAGGUGCUUGAGGGAUUGCACAUAUACAUGGCUGGUGUUGGGAUACAACAACUAUUCAUUCUCAUCUUCUGCUUGUUUGCGUUACGGCUUCUACUCCGAGUACGCAAAGAAAGUAACGAGAAGGCCAAGUUAACAAAGUUAAGCCCCGCUAUGCUGCUCCUCUAUACUCAAUUUGUUGUAUUGGCUUUAAUUUCACUUCGAAUUAUCUUCCGCAUUUGCGAAUACGCCCAAGGACUCGACAGUACUAUACCACUACACGAAGCCUACCAAUAUGCUUUGGAUUCGCUUCCCAUGCUUCUUGCACUUGUUGCCUUCAAUGUUGUACAUCCGGGACGAAUCAUGAGCGACAGUAAACCUGACCUACCGUCAUUUCGGAUGCAAGAAAAUCGCAUGCAAAUUGGAAGCGCAGACGCCGCACAACCAAUCGUUUUGAAUAGCUUCAGAAAAGACACAUAA